CAUAUCACAGCAAAUUCCCGGCCAGUAACUCAAGCCAGUUUCAUGCAAAAACAGCUCCUCAGUCCCAGAUCGGCAGUCCACAGAUUGCUCAUAUCAUAUCAUUUUUUCACAUCCUGUUUGGUUUCCUGGAAAAUUUUCUGAUAAAUCAGCGACCAGACAGAAUUAGUUCGUUCUCUUGAGUUUGACAAGGUAUUGAUUUUCAGUGUUCCUGAAGUUGUUUUGAUUUAUCCCCUUUCCCUUGCAAAUUCCCGGCAAUCCGUAGAUUUGAUUUGCGCGUAUUGAAUCUCACCGAUCAAAAUGGGGAACUCCUCCUCGAUGCUCACUCAAUAUGAUAUUGAAGAAGUUCAAUGCCACUGCAAUAACCUAUUUACGCAACAAGAAAUAGUGUCACUGUAUGAGAGAUUUUGUCAACUUGAUCGGAACUCGAAGGGAUACAUUUUGGCUGACGAGUUCUUGUCAGUCCCAGAAUUCGCAAUGAAUCCCCUUUCGCAGAGGCUGCUGAAAAUGGUUGAUGGCUUGAACUUUAAGGAUUUCGUGGCAUUUUUGUCUGCAUUUAGUGCUAAAGCUAGCAUCCAACGUAAAAUUGAACUCAUGUUCAAAGUUUACGAUGUGGACUUACAUGGGAAGGUGUCUUUCAAUGCAAUGAUAGAAGUGCUACGGGAUUUGUCUGGUCCUUUCAUGUCUGAUGACCAAAGAAAGCAAGUCCUGAGCAAACUUCUAGAGGAAGCAGGUUACUCAAAGGAAUCUCAUUUAACCCAGGACGAUUUUGUCAAGAUUCUGGGAAAUUCUGGACUGAAAAUGGAGGUUGAGGUGCCAGUCGAUUGAGAUGACUAUUUAAGCUACUCUUUUGGCUCCUACAUCUUUCCCUUUCUCAACAAAGAGGAACACAAUGAAACCAAAAUGAAGUUCGGAAAUGAUCAAUUUUCAGUGGAAGCAUCAAAUAUCAACGUCUUGAUGAACAACUUCAAUUCUUCAGACAUGUUCAUUUAUGCAAUCAUAUACUCAAUUUAAUUUUAUGGCUCAUCUUUUUGUAGAAAGAUGUUAGAUCUCAAAGAUUACAGGCCAUCUUAUCGAAAAUUUUCUCAAAAAAACAUUAUCUUUUGUCGAAUUUGCCCCAACUUUUUAGAAUUUUCUGCUCUGUUACUAGUCGUGGUGAAUUUGAUCUUUUUAAUAGACGGAAUCUGAUUAGCCAUUUA